AUCACAUUCACCUGACAGUACGUAAUACUGAGAACAUUUGGAUUUACCAAAAGAUAAAGCGCUCUAUUAACGAAAUUGACACAACAAUUGGUAUGGAAGCGAAGACAAUCCAUGUUGACGACGGUGUGGGUAACACGUACGACCUCGUGGAGGUUGACGGGGUCACGUUUCCGGACUACUUUACCGACGACCCCAUACAACGGCUGAAAGACGUCCGCGAGAUGGCGGGCCGAGACGAUGACGUCAUAAUUGCAGCGUAUCCUAAAGCAGGUACCCACUGGGUAUGGGAAAUCACGAACAUGCUGCUACGUGGCUCCGCAGAAUAUCACACGUCCAUGAAGGAGGAGUUGAUGCUGGAGCUGACCGGAAGUGACGUCAUUGGGGAGCUCACGCCCCCAAGGGUCUUCAAUUCCCAUCUUAGAUUUAGACAACUUCCGAAGGAGAUGAUUUCGAAGAAUUGCAAGCUGAUUUACGUGACCCGCAACCCCAAGGACAUGGCUGUGUCCCGCUAUUGUCACAACACGAAGAGCGUGCUUGCGUACACGGGCACUUUCUCCGACUAUCUGCGUCUGUACCUACAGGGAAAGGUUGCGUUUGGGUCGUGGUUCGACUACACCCUUGAUUGGCACAGAGCAAUACGGGACAACCAAGGCUACCCAAUAUACACCAUAGUGUAUGAGCUAUUGAAACGAGACCCAUUCAACCAAGUCAAACGGCUGGCAUCGUUUCUUGGGACAAAAACAGACGACACAUUUAUUGAGUCCAUCUGCAAUCAGUGUAGCUUCAGCAAUCUUAAAACCAGCUACGAGAAAGACAAGAAAAUAUUCGGACCGGGGGACCAUCCAUCGAAUUAUUCAUUCAGGAAAGGCGAGGUUGGUGACUGGAAGAACUGGUUUACUGUGGCUGAGAGUGAACAGUUCGACCUGGUAGUGCAGCAACAUCUAGGAGAGUGCGUUCUGGAGUUUGUCUACGAGUAGCAAGAAUAACAAUCGUGCUUAGUACAUGUGCGUAAAGUGUCGUUCCAGAUUAGCCUCUGCAGCCCGCACAGGCUUAUCAGGGACGACAAUUUUCACCUUAUCUUGAUUUUGCUAGAAGAGACUUCCGUUAAACGCAAAAUACCAUAACAGCGGAAAGUGUCGUUCCUGAUUAACCUGUUUGGACUACACAGGCUAAUAUGAGACGACACUUUACGCACAUGUAUUAAGCAGGUUUUCCCAGAUCGCGGUUAAGUUUGUAUACGUGUAGCGAGAAUGAGAAGAUCAAGUGUAAGGGAUGAAAACAUGCCACCAUCAUGACAAGAACUUACAAAGGGUUUUCGUAGUAAUUGCUAUGGUGUAGAUGUAUUAGUUUUUCAAUUGACAAAAAAAUGCUAUAUUUGGAUUCACAUGUUAAAAAACACACCUGCCCUUUUUUGUUUUACUAUAGAACAUUUACUUGUCAAAAUAUUUUGGACUGAACGGCUCUGUCAGUGCUGUUUUACUAAAAUUUAAAAAUCGGAAAAGCCUAGACGGAAAUAGAUUACCAGCGAAGCGAAAGUAAACAAACCAAUCAUGGAGUGCAGUCAGUAUUUACCUAAAAUAUCUAAUAAUAACUCGCUCCUGGAUAACCAGUGCGUGUUAGGCAUCUUACAGAAAGAUUAAUCUGUUUAAAAAUGUGUAUCUAUGUUUCAAUUCGUAUUGAUGAAGCGCUAUUUACACAAAUUUAUGACUGCUUGGUACCGGGUUGAAAUUGGAACUUCUCGAAGAAACAGCUUUUCUUUCAUGAUUACAUGGUUUGCCAUCUGGUAUGGAAUUGAUUUCCUAUUCUUUUUGCAAUAUAUACCAUCUUAACGCUA